AUGAUCCAUAUAAUGUUCCUUUUCACGUGUUUGGUGGUCUGUAUUACCAGCCAUCAAAUUGACAGGAUGCACAACACUUUGGUAGAUGACAUGGAAAUAGAGAGGCAAUUAAAAGUGAUUAACAAAGUUCCUAUCAAAAGUAUUCAUACAGAAUUUGGUUACAUCGUUGAUUGCAUUGAUAUUAAUAAUCAACCUGCCUUUAGUCAUCCUUUGCUAAUGAAUCAUACGUUGCAGAGACAUCCGAAACAUCCGAGCUUUCAAACUACAAAUAAUACGAAAAUAUCAACUACUAAGGCUAUAUUUGGCCUUCAAAAAAACCGAUGUCCAACCGGAAGUGUUCCUAUUAAAAGAACAACCAAAGAUGAUUUAAUUCGAGGAAAAUCAUAUUUCAAUAAUGGUUUGGUUGAUCAAAUCCAUGGUAACCAUUACGCAGAAGUUAUAUCAAAUCCACAUAAUUAUAAAUCCUAUAAUGGAGUUUCUGGAACAACCAGUGUUUAUAAUUUGAAUGUUAAAAAUGAUCAAUCAAGUUCAGCUGUGAUAUAUAUUCGAAAUGGACCGGAUAGCACAAGCUAUAUAGGCAUGGGAUGGCAUAUAGCUCCAGAGUUGUACAACGAUCAUGACACUCAUUUAUAUGCAGUAUGGACGGCAGAUAAUUUCAAGAAUACUGGAUGUUUCAAUGUACAAUGUCCAGGAUUUGUACAAACUAGUAAAGAAGACUAUCUUGGUGGAAAAAUUGGGAGCACGUCUGUUUAUGGUGGAGCAAUGGUUGAAAUGACAUUAUCUAUUUCUCAGGAUCCUGAAACAAAAAACUGGGUGUUAUCUAAUGAAAAAGAGAAGUUAGGAUAUUAUCCAGCAUCAUUAUUUCCGAACAUGGGAGAAGCCCAUCAAGUAGGAUGGGGUGGUAGAACAUCUACCCGUAAAGGUGGUCCUAGUCCUCAAAUGGGUUCUGGAUAUUUUCCCGAUAACGUAUUUACUCAUGCAAGUUAUUUUAGAGAUGUUUCAUUUCAAGUUGAAUCCAGGGGAAGCAUUUUCCCCUUUGUAAAAGAUGUAGAUGCAGUUGCUGACAAGCGUAACUGUUUUUUUGCUGAAUUCUAUGGAUUACAAGCGGAAACUGGAUAUGCUCUCCAAUUUGGAGGACCAGGUGGUGAUUGUGGAGAUUAA